AUGGGGCAUUACGAUCUGCCAUGGCUUGUCCAAAAUGCCGCUACAGCAGUUGUCGCUACUGCCCUGCUAUCGAUUCUCAUAGCAUCGUACUUGUACCUAAGAGGCUCGAACCAGGUUCCCGAUACGGAUAACCCUAGCACACAGCCUGGCGACCACCCCAUACUCAAGAACCAUUCAUCACACAAAGCCUUCAAGACGCCUUUUGCCAACUAUGGCUCGAUACGCACCUUCUACAGGCCACAUGCUCAUAAGGAGAAAUUGGCCGCCAUCGCGGAUCUGCCACUGCUGGUCUUCGUACAUGGACUUGGAGGCUCCUUAGCCCAAUAUGGGCCGCUCCUCAACAGUCUCGUCAACAUUGCACCAUGCUUUGGUAUCGACCUUCCCGGUCAUGGACUCUCUCGCUUUUCUCCGGAGACCCCCGAUGGUUACAGUACCAGCGCGCUCAAAGUCUUGUGGAGGACUGCGAUUCAGGACAUCUGCGAACAGCAUGGCCACAAGAAGGUCGUACUCAUCGGACAUAGUUAUGGGUGCUCUAUUGCUGCUCUUCUAGCUGUCGAUUCGCGCUUCACCGUUGAAGUUGCUGGUAUUAUUGCUAUCUGCCCGAAGGCUGCACCACCGACUCAGCCUGAGACCCUGAAGUAUAAGGUCUUUCUUUCAUUGCCAGACUCGUGGUUGAGUGCAUUCCGCUGGUGGGAUAAGAGAGGAGGAGUUAACAGUACAAGCGUCAACCGGUUUGUGGGCGAGGGAGCCGGAAUCGAUCUACGCAGGCUACAGCUGAGGUACAACGCCGCUUUCAAGACACCAGUCUGGAAGCGCACAGCAAUGGGAGCAUUGCCGGAAUAUGAUGCCAGGGGCCAUGCUAUUGGUGGCAUCCCCGGACAGGAGGCUUGGUCCAAGAUCCGAGUUCCCCUCUUCCUGGUCGCGGGUGAAGCCGACAAGGUCACCAAACCUUCAGAACUGGCCGAAAUCGUAUCGUUCCUCCACAAGCCUGGCAAGUCUCUUCCAGGAUUUACGAAAAGUGACCCAGUACCGACAGCAGCCACGACUCCACCUCCGCCUUCCGACGAGACGACCGGGCUUGCGCCAAACCUUACAACAACGCGGACACUAUCGAGUUCGGUCCUUAAGACUGCAACGUUGCCCUUUCCCGCGGCCCACGCCUUGCUCUACGACCACCGCACAUACCGCACGGUCGCCGGCUUGAUCGAGGACUUCCUCUCGUCCCACGUCUCCCCGCAUCUCUCUCUUGGCUGGCAGCUCCAGCAGCUGACCACAACGGGCAAAUGGGACGUCAAGAACCUCGAGAAGUGGCAGCGGACGCCUGCAGUAUCCGGUCCCAUUGCCAAUAACCUCUUACGCGGACUCAAAACGCUCCGCGAGCAGGAUACUGAACACACCCCAAGCAAGUUUGUUGCCAAGUGGAAAGACACCAUCUACGCCGUCAUCGACAUCUCCCACGACGCGCCGGUAUACUCAACCCGGACGCUCGAAGAGGGUGGCAUCCAAUACCACAAGUUCCCCACCGUCAGCAAGAUCCCGCCCACCCCGACGGAGGUAGCAGAUUUCAUCGCCCUGGUCGACCGGCUGCGCGCCGAGAUGGAAGCCAAAGACAACACUGAGGCAAAGAAGGCCGUUGCGGUGCACUGCCACUACGGCUUCAACCGAACGGGCUUCUUCAUCUGCAGCUAUCUCAUCGAGCGCCGAGGCUACGGCGUUCAGGAGGCCCUCGACGCUUUCAGGGAGGCGAAGCCGCCGGGGAUCCGACAUGAUCACUUCGUCGACGCGCUGUGGGUCAGGCAUACUGUUGGGCUCAAGAGGGCGCCCACGCUGAAGUUGGAUGAUUCCGAGGGCUGA